CACCACUUUGCAGCUACGCACAAAAUCCACAGCUCAACCCCUUCCCCAAUUGGGGAUUGAAUCUUCACAAUAUUUCCCCGGGCGUUGAGAGCGCGCUGUAUAUUCCGAUUCCGACCUACCACCGUCAGAAUGGCGCUGAAUGCGGCAUCCCACAAUAUCCCUGGCGAAAAGACCGGACCGAUCACCGGACAACCUCCUUCUCCCUCAAAGGAAACCUCCAAGUCGAUACAAGAAGCAGCUUCAAAAGAUGCUACCGGACAAAGCACUCCAGGUCGCGAUGGCGGGGAUAAGAAGGCCGAAACGAAGGUGAAGUCGGAGAAAGAACUGGCCAAGGAACGAGCGAAGGCAGAAAAGCUGAAGAAAUUCGCGGAGAAGCAGGCGAAGCAGGCGGCAGCUAAGGCGGCGGCUCCGUCGAAAGAGAAGGAGAAGAAGAAGGCGGAGAAAGAGGCGCCGUUGCCGGAAUAUGUUGAGGAGACCCCCAAGGGACAGAAGAAGAUCCUGAAGCCUCUGGACGACGUCUUCCACAAAGCGUAUAUUCCCCGCGUUGUCGAGUCGGCCUGGUCCGAUUGGUGGGAGCAAGAAGGUUUCUUCAAACCCGAAUUUGCGCCCGACGGCAAUGUCAAGAAAGAUGGCUACUUCGUGAUCACUAUACCGCCCCCGAACGUCACCGGUGCAUUGCAUUGCGGGCAUGCUCUCGGAAAUGCGCUCCAAGAUUGUUUGAUUCGAUGGUACCGUAUGAAAGGGGUGACGACUCUUUUCGUACCUGGUUGCGAUCACGCCGGCAUCGCCACACAAGCUGUCGUCGAAAACAUGCUGUGGAGGAGAGAAAAGAAAACCCGACAUGACCUUGGUCGUCAAGCCUUCGUCGAGCGUACUCACGAGUGGAAGACGGAGUACCAUGAGAAGAUCACCCGUGUCCUGAAGCGCAUGGCCGGAUCGUACGACUGGACUCGCGAGGCUUUCACAAUGAGCGAAGAUCUUUCCUCCGCGGUGACAGAGACAUUCGUCCGGCUGCAUGAAGAGGGGCUUAUUUACCGAUCGAAUCGCCUGGUCAACUGGGAUGUCAAGCUGAACACCGCAUUAUCGACGAUUGAGGUGGACAACAAGGAGAUCACCGGUCGAACACUCCUCACUGUUCCGGGUUAUGAGCGUAAAGUCGAGUUUGGUGUGCUGACGCACUUCAAAUACCCGAUCGAAGGCUCAGAGGAGAUGCUCGAGGUCGCCACAACUCGUCCGGAGACAAUGUUGGGAGAUAGUGGCAUUGCUGUCCACCCUAAAGACGAGCGAUACAAGCAUCUGGUUGGUAAAAAUGCGAAACAUCCGUUUGUCGAUCGUCUCCUGCCGAUUAUCGCUGAUAGCUACGUCGAUCCGGAGUUCGGUACCGGUGCGGUAAAACUCACUCCUGCCCACGACCCGAACGAUUUCGCGAUUGGAAAGCGCCAUAACCUUGAAUUCAUUAACAUCUUGAACGACGAUGGCACGCUCAACGGGAACUGUGGCCAGUUCACGGGACACAAGCGCUUCGAUGCCCGGUACGGCGUCACGGAGGAGUUGACCAAGCUCGGCCUGUUCGUCAAGAAAGAGGACAACACGAUGAAAGUGCCCCUUUCUUCGCGCUCGAAUGAUGUUGUUGAACCCGUCAUGAAGCCGCAGUGGUGGAUGAGCAUGAAGUCGCUCGCCGAACCCGCUAUCGAGGUUGUCAAGAAUGGCGACAUCAAGAUCCGUCCGGCCAGCGCCGAGAAAAGCUACUACCGCUGGUUGGAAAACAUCAAUGACUGGUGCUUGUCGCGUCAACUAUGGUGGGGUCACCAGAUCCCGGCCUAUCUUGUCAAGUUUGACAGCGAAACUUCUGAUCCGAUCAGCAAUGAGAACUGGGUUACUGGGCGUACGGAAGCAGAGGCACAGGCAAAGGCAGAGAAGAAGUUCCCGGGCAAAAAGUUUACUCUGGAAAGAGAUCCUGAUGUGCUUGACACCUGGUUCUCGUCGGGCUUGUGGCCCUUCUCAACAUUGGGCUGGCCGAAGAACACGCAUGAUUUUGAGAAGCUCUUCCCGACAUCUGUUUUGGAGACCGGAUGGGACAUUCUCUUUUUCUGGGUUGCUAGGAUGAUCAUGCUCAGCCUCAAGUUGACUGGCAAAGUACCUUUCAAGGAGGUGUACUGCCAUUCCUUGAUCCGUGACUCCGAGGGACGGAAGAUGUCCAAGUCGCUGGGCAACGUCAUUGAUCCCGUCGAUAUUAUGGAGGGAAUCACCCUUCCGGCACUGCAUGACAAACUUCUCGUGGGCAACUUGGAUCCAACGGAGCUCACUACGGCGACGAAGUAUCAGAAGGCAUCAUUCCCGCAAGGUAUUCCAGAAUGCGGUGCGGAUGCACUUCGUUUCUCAUUGAUUCAAUACACAACAGGGGGUGGUGACAUCGCUUUCGACGUCAAGGUUAUGCAAGGCUACCGAAGAUUCUGCAACAAAAUCUACCAGGCAACCAAAUACGUACUCGGAAACCUUGACGAAAACUUCACUCCUCAAGCGAAGAGCGGCAAGACUGGCAAAGAGACUCUCGCCGAACGAUGGAUCCUCCACAAGCUCGCCAUCGCGUCAAGAGAUAUCAAUAAGGCGCUUGAAGACCGCGAGUUCUCGCGCUCAACGCAGAUCGCAUACCAGUAUUGGUACGACAAUCUCUGCGACGUCUACAUUGAGAACUCAAAGGCAAUCAUUCUCAACGGCACCGAGGAAGAGAAGCGAUCUGCGGUUGACACGUUGUACACUGUGCUUGAGGCCGGUUUGACGAUGAUCCACCCAUUCAUGCCGUUCUUGAGCGAAGAAUUGUGGCAACGCUUGCCACGGAGACCGGAGGAUAAUACACCUUCGAUCGUCAGGGCAGCAUACCCGCAGUACGACGCAGCCAUGGAUGAUCCCGAGUCCGAGGCUGUUUACGAGCUCGUCUUGGGAUGCUCCAAGGGUGUGCGAUCGCUCAUGGCGGAAUACGCCAUCCGAGAGAAUGGCACAGCCUUCGUCCUCCCUUCCGACGACAAGUCCUACUCCAUCAUCAACUCCGAGCUCCAAGCCAUCCGCGCCCUCUCCAGCAAAGGCGUCAGCUCCAUCACCAUCCUCGCCCCCACCACCAGCCCCCCGACCGGCUGCGCCGUCUUCGUCCCCUCCCCCAGCGCCGCCGUGUUCCUCGAGGUCAAAGGGCGCGUGAACAUCGACGCGGAGAUCAAGAAGGCGCAGACGAAGAUGCAGAAGGCGGCGGACAACGCCACGAAGCAGCGGAAGCUGCUAGAGGCACCGGACUUCGAGGAGAAGGCCAGCAAGGCGGUAAGGGACGUCGAGCAGGGGCGGCUCGGGGAGUUCCUAGCCGAGCAGAAGAACUAUGAGCAGAGUAUUGAGCAAUUUGAGAAGUUGAAGUUGGAUGAGAGGGGGGCGGCAGCGUAGACGUCGCCUUGUGGGGCAACGGUUCGUGUUCUCCCACGCGCCGGGGAGAAAGUAGUGUUGGAAUGGGUAGGACAGUCCUAGCGGCGCGAGAUGUACAAUACAGUA